UGCCACGGAGACGGCCGAAAACAAUUGGCGCAGCUCCAUCCACUGCAAUGGCUGCAACUAAGACUGGACCAAACUCUGAGCUGCAGGGGAGCGGAGAAGUGGAGCCUGUUCGUCUGUGAGCGAAAUACGACAUUUCUGCACAUCGAAAGUCAAAAUAGUGAGUUAAACCACCGAAGAAGUUUUGUUUGGCGUCUUUGAGGCGGGUGAGGGAUCACGAGUGUUUCGGGAUCCGUCUUGCGGUGCUGUGCUAUGACCCCGGAGCUGAGCAGCCUCGACCGCCGUUCCUCCUAACCCUCCGGCGGACCUCAGGAAACGCUGGGGUGGUUUGAGCUGUAUGUCGCCGCGACAGGGAUGAUUACAUCCCACAUAAACGGUUAUGUUCAAGAGGCCUCCGGUCUGGCCGUGAGCCACAGAGAGCGGGCUGUGGACUGUCCAGGAGAGGAAAGCAGCCGAGUCCAACCCCGGCACUGCGGUGCUCAGAUGGAUCGAGUUCAGCAUUACCGCGAUGACCUGAGGAGCAGGGAAGAGGAGGGGAAGCGUGACAUCGAUCCCAAUGCCUCUCUGAGGCUCAAGAAGCUGUCGGAGAACCCCAAGGUGGGCAUUGACAAUCCCACCUUUGAGGGGAAGGAAAUCAUUCCCAAGGACACCAGCACAGAAAUGACAGUGGACCUGGAGGACUUGGAGCAGGCCCUGAAGUGGGCGCAGCACUGCUUGAAUGACGCUCAGAGCCAGCAGGAUGUGGAUCUGAUCAUGCAGCUUUUAGCCAAAGAAGAAUUCAGGAAUGCCUACGCCAUCUUCACCACGCUGUCGCAGCCCAUGAGCCGAGUCAGUCCCACCUCGCCUCUCACAGCACAAGCCCUGGACCUGUGCCAGGAGGUCCAGAAGAUUCUGCAGUCGAGCCAACACAAGGAGAGUUUAGAGCUGAAAGCGCUGCUCACCAACCCUCAUGUCCAGGCCCUUAUGCAGGCUCACGACAGCGUGGCAGUGCAGGAAAUGACAGAGGAAAACGUGAUGCAGUACCUCGGAGAGACGGUCAAACUGGUGCGGCUGGAGAAAGCCAGAGACACUCCGCUGGGUGCGACAGUGCGCAAUGACAUGGACAGCGUGGUGGUGAGCCGUGUGGUAAAAGGUGGCGCGGCGGAGCGCAGCGGCCUCCUCAAUGAAGGAGACGAGAUCCUGGAGAUCAAUGGGAUUCCUAUUCGAGGGAAACACAUCAAUGAAGUUCACGACUUGCUGCAACAAAUGCACGGCGCACUGACCUUCCUCCUCAUCCCAAGCUCUCACAUUAAACCAGCCCCUCACCGACAGACUGUCAUGCACAUACGAGCUUACUUCGACUACGAUCCCUCCGAUGAUCCCUUCGUGCCGUGCCGGGAGCUGGGUCUGUCCUUUCAAAAAGGAGACAUCCUCCAUGUCAUCAGCCAGGAUGACCCCAACUGGUGGCAGGCCUACAGGGAUGGAGAUGAGGACAACCAGCCCCUGGCGGGACUCAUUCCAGGUAAAAGUUUCCAGCAACAGAGAGAGACCCUGAAGAAAAGUUUACCGGACAACAGUCGAGAUCAACAAGGCAAGCUUUGGUGUUCGAAGAAGAGCAAAAAACAGAAGAAGAGGAACGUGUCAAACUUCACCAAGAGCACAGACUCCGACGACAUCCUGACCUACGAGGAAAUGUCCCUCUACCACCAGCCGGCUAAUCGCAAACGUCCCAUAGCUCUGAUCGGCCCAACCAACAGUGGCCACGACGAGCUGCGACGCCGACUUCUGUCUUUAGAACCAGAGCGGUUUGCGGUCGCUGUUCCACACACAACCAGGAACCCAAGAAUCCACGAGCGGAACGGCCGGGAGUACCACUUUGUUAGCCGGCCGGGUUUCGAGGCAGAUUUGGCAGCGGGGAAAUUCAUCGAGUCCGGAGAGUAUGAGAAGAAUUUGUACGGCACCAGCACCGACUCUGUUCGGCACGUCAUCAAUUCUGGACACAUCUGCGUGCUCUGCCUGCACACAAGGUCACUGCAGGUGUUGAGAUCCUCCAACCUUAAGCCCUAUGUCAUCUUCAUCGGCCCUCCUUCUCAGGAACGACUGCGCACCCUGCUGGCUACAGAGGGAAAAACUCCAAAGCCAGAAGAGCUUAAAGAGACCAUUGAAAAAGCUCGUGAGAUGGAGCAAAACUUCGGCCACUUCUUCGAUGCAACCAUUCAGAACGUGGAUCCAAACCAGGCUUUCCAGGAGCUGCGCCGGCUGAUAGACAAACUGGACACGGAGCCACAGUGGGUGCCCACCUCCUGGCUAUGCUAGAAAAGUGCUGCUUCUGUUCAAGACGUCUCAGGGAAGGAGAAGGUAAUGAGGAGCCGAACAGAGACCCAUGAAGGAAUGGACUGUGGUGACGCCUCACUGAAAAUUCCCUUUAUCCUCAUUUUUGGAGGAUCAUAUCGGGGUGCUGGAGGGGACGCACUCCUUUUCGAUUUCUUGUUGGUGUCUCUUCUGUGGGUGAAACAUUUUUGCUUCAUGGAGGUCUGUCAGCCUCACAGAUAUGCAGAGUCAUUUAUUUGUCAAAUAUUUUCAUCUUCUUCUCGAUUCUAGAUAUUUAUCAAUGUAUAUAUUUGUAGACAGAAGGGUCUAAUAUUGUGUUUAUUUGGCUGUUACAGGGAAACAGGGUCUUCCUGAUAAAGCAAAGAACCAAACAAUAACUGAAUCUCAUGUUUUUUUGCUUUAAUAUGUCUUCCAUUGAGAAUAUAAAGAGUAUUUGCAUUUUAUUUACAUCAAUAUCAGUAUUAUGUUUUGUCUCUCGUGUUUCAGCAGCCUCUGGUUAACUGGUGGAUUUUUAAUUCUUUGUGUAAUGCUGCUGUUUAGAGCUGCUGAGACUCUUUUUCUACCAGUUUUAUCCAAAGAAUUUAUGAAUUAGUCCAAAAAUAAAUGUUAUUGCUUCUUUCAGGUUCCAAAAACCCUAAUAAAUUAAAUGUGAAAAA